AUGGGGCCGUCGUGGGCGAGCCGAGCCAAGCCGAGGCGUGCGGGCGAGAAACGUUGGAACGCGAGCCUCGGUCCUGGAUUUCGCCAGCGUCUAAUGCUGCUCCCGGUGACGCAUGUGUCCGCCGUGGCGGGCAUGCCCGUGCUCCUGCCAUGCGACAUCGGCCACGAGCACGGCGACGCCGUCACGCUUGUGCUGUGGUACAGCGACGCCCUCGGCCGGCCCAUCUACACCGUGGACAACAGGGAAGGCUUCAAGAACUCGAAGCGCUGGUCCGACCCGCUGGUGUUCGGGGCGCGCGCUGACUUCAAGCCGGAGCGGCUGCCCGCCGAGCUGGCCAUCGACACGGCCAGGGAGGCGGACGCGGGCGUGUACCGCUGCAGGGUGGACUUCCACACCGCGCAGACCCGGAACACGCGCGUCAACCUCACCGUCACGGUGCCGCCCCGCCAGAUGACGAUCCUGGACGAGCUGGGCGACGAGCGCACCUCGGUGGUGGGGCCGUACCGCGAGGGCCAGCGUCUGCACCUGCAGUGUCACGUGUACGGAGGCAAGCCGCCGCCCGCCGUGCGCUGGCUGCGCAACGACCGGCCGGUGCGGGAGGGCGUGACGCUGACGACGGGCGAGUCGCACUCCGACGCCGAGUCCCACAUCCAGACCACCAUCGAGAUCGGCCACCUGCACCGCCGGGACCUGCACUCGCAGCUCACCUGCUCCGCCCACAACAACAACCGCACCGCGCCGCUGGUGGCCACCGUCCACGUCGACAUGAACUUUCCGCCGCUGGACGUGCACAUGCUGCUGGCCGAGAGGGCGCUGCUGUCGGCGCGGACGCGCUACGACCUGGUCUGCCAGUCGUCGGGGUCGCGGCCGCCGGCCACCAUCACCUGGUGGAAGGACGGGCACCGCCUGUCGGGCACCAAGGAGACGACCUCGACGGACGGCAACACCACCACCUCGACGCUGUCGUACCACCCCGCCAAGGAGGACGCCGGCAAGACGCUCACGUGCAAGGCGUCCAACACGGCCAUGGAGGGCGCCGUCCUGGAGGAGAGCCGCCUGCUACACGUGCAAUAUGUUCCCGAGACGAAGCUGCUGCUCGGGAAGUCGCUCAAUCCCGACAACAUCCGCGAGACCAGCGACGUGUACUACGACUGCCUGGUGGACGCCAACCCGCCCAUCUACAAGGUGGAGUGGAGGCACAAUGGCAAGCAGCUGAACCACAACAUAUCAGGCGGUGUGAUCAUCGCCAACCAGAGCCUGGUGCUGCAGGGGGUGUCACGAGCCUCUGCCGGCAACUACACGUGUGUGGGCUUCAACCAGGAGGGCGAGGGCGUCAGCAACUCGUUCUACCUCAACGUGCUCUUCGCGCCGACCUGCGAGCCGAACCAGACGCGGGUGCACGGCGUGGCCAAGCAGGAGAAGGCCAACAUCUCCUGCUCGGUGGACGCCAACCCCGGCGACGUCGAGUUCCGAUGGACCUUCAACAACUCGGCCGAGAGCGUGGAGGUGGAGGGGUCGCACAUCACGCGGCACGGCACACUGUCCACCGUCAGCUACACGCCCAUGACGGAGCUGGACUACGGCACGCUGCUGUGCUACGCCAAGAACCGCAUCGGCAGCCAGCGCGUGCCCUGCGUCUACCACAUCAUCGCCGCAGGUCGCCCCGACUCCGUCAUCAACUGCUCCGUGGCCAACACGUCCAUGACGUCCUUCUCGGUGCGCUGCUUCGAGGGCUUCAACGGCGGCCUGCCGCAGUCCUUCCUGCUCGAGGUGCGCGACCCCGUGAGCCAGGCGGUGCGCGCCAACGUGACGGCCGCACUGCCCGCCUUCCAGGUGGACCGCCUGGAGCCCGGCGCCUCGUACCAGGCCUGCGUGUACUCCGUCAACAGCAAGGGCAAGUCGGACCCCAUCAUCCUGCAGGCGUCCACCAUCCGGCCCGCCGAGAAGCAGCUGCACCCCGACAAGGGCGAGCCCCGGGCGGCCUUCAGGCUGACGCCCCUCACCAGCACCGUGGUCGGCGGCGUCCUCGCCCUCAUCCUCAUCGCCGCCGUGGUCUGCGUGUCCGUGCGCAUGCGCUGCUGCGCCAGCGCCGAGAAGCGGCGCUCGCGCUCCAAGGAGGCCCAGGACCAGGAGGACAAGGGUUCGAUCCCCGGCACCGGCUCGCCGCACUCGGCCAAGUUCGGCGACUCCAGCGGCGGCGACGGCGCCACUGACUCGGACGAGAAGAACCCGGACAUCAUCCCGCAGGCCGGCGCCGCAGCCGCGGACCCGGACGACCACUCGGACCUGAUCCGGCGCCGCCAGCACGUGUCGACCAUCGAGACGACGGCGGUGACGUCGCCGUCCCGGACGCUGCUGCAGGGCGUGCAGCAGGGCUACCCGGGCUACUGCACGCUGCGCAACGGCAUGAGCGGCAUGACGGCCAUGCCCCUGCAGGAGAUGGGCCCCGGGCCCAAGCCCAAGGGGAAACCGGUGGAGAUGGCGUCGUACUCGGCGACCGGCGGCUGCCCGACGCUGCCGCGGCACUGGUCCUCGUACGGCGUGCGGCAUCCCAUGAUGCAGCAGUACCCGGCGCCGGGCGUGGCGGGCGGCGGCGUGGGCGGCGUGGGCCCCGCGGGCGGCGCCCCCGGCCUGGGCCCCGGCGCCGUGGGCAACCACGCGGGGACGCUGCUGCUGCGCCACCCGCACCACCAGCAGAGCACCUACAUGGGCCACCACCCCGGGCUGCACGGCGUGCACGGCGGCGCGCACCACACGCAGACGCUGCCGCGCCACCACGGCGGCCUCCACCAGCACCACCCCGUGCACCCCCUGCAGCUGCAGGCCCUGGGCGGCGUCCACCCGCACAUGCAGCCGUCGCCGCCGCAGCACGGCCAGCACGCCGCGCCGUCGUCGGACGAGGACCAGGCCGGCGUCGACACCCCGCUCAUGGUCAACAAGCGCGAGAGCACGGUCUGACAAAUGACCUCCCUGUAAGCCGGCCCGCGCCCACGCGCCUGCUGGCCCAGGCAGGGAGGAAC